UAUCAGCUGUCAUUGAUACAGAUGUUAUUUUGUUAAACGCAAUAGUCUUGAAUCGAUAAUCACAACAUUUGGACCACAUAGCGUAACUCGCAUUCUAAAGAUAUUGUUCGUAAAAACAUAAUUUCUAGUCACGUAACAGUUUUCAGCUAGGAUAGUCAAACAAACAUUGUAAGUAGAAUGGAGCGAUACCUCAUCGAUGAUUUUGGGCCGAAAUAUAGUGAUUUGCCAAUGGAAAUCUUGGUAAAGAUAUUUCGUUAUCUGAAUCCUGGAGACAGAUUUGCUGUUGGUCUAACAUGCAAACGCUGGUUGGAAGCGACACAGUAUCAACUCUUUAUCGACGAUGUUUGUCUCAAAUUCUACAAAACGCACUUCAGUGAUACUACGAGCCCAGUCUGCAAUUUGCUGAAAAGUUGCCGCCACUUCCAGAAUGUUUUCUUCUCACAAGUGGAAUUCAACGAAACCGAACAAUUCUUCGCUCGCUUUGGUACUCAUAUUCACGAGAUGAAUUUCAAAGCAUGUGACAUACGGGAAAAAACUUUUAUUUGUAUGUUAAUCAUGGUUCCAAACCUCCGAACGCUAAAAGUUGAAGGUUGUCGAGAACUGUUAAUGUCGGGCAGGUUAUUCGAAUAUGGUCCGGACCAGCAAAUAUUAGCAAACACUUUGCAAAACGUCACAACCCUCAGUUUAGCAUUCAACCGAUACUUAUCUGAUGCUCUGUUUAAACGAAUAGUAUCACUCAUGCCAAACCUGGAGGAUCUUGACCUCACCGGUUGUUCUAUUUCAUUCCACAAAGGCCUUUACCGAAAAUUCUAUCCAGGACGGCCAGAUGAUGCGUCCGAAAACGUUCUGACUUUUCACUACAUUGCACAAUUUAUCGAGCGUCAAGCAGACAAAUUAAAAAAAAUUAAUUUCAGCUCAACGCUUAUCGACGGCGAUGCUCUUGAGAUAUUGGCUGGUUUCGAUGCUCUUCAUCUGCAAGCACUUGAUUUGAAUUCAUGUGAUCAACUCACAAACCCUGGCAUAACGGCAUUAGCUCAAGCAAAAUAUACCUUGCAACAUUUGGACUUUUCCAAAUCGGUGCGUUUCACGGAUGCAUGUUUACAUAAAAUCUGCCAAUAUUUGCCGAAUCUUAUAUCACUUAAACUACGGCGUUGUCGAGCUUUGACAGAUCUUGGCAUUACCGAAAUAGUUCAAUUGAAAAAACUACAUGUUUUGGACAUUUCUGAGUGUGAAUCUGUAACAGGACAAGGAAUUAUUAAAGGAAUUGCUUCAAAGCCAAAUCCUACGUUGCUUGAACUUUAUGUGAGUGCACUUAAUUUGUGUGAACGUUCAGUGAUACAAAUUGCUCAAAGCUUUCCUUCGCUACGAUUGCUUGAUCUUAGCUAUUGCUUUAACUCGGUAUCGGAUCUUUGCCUACAGAUAAUUUUCAAGAAUUUAAUCUGGUUGAGGCAUCUGAACUUGGACUGUUGUGAUAAGAUCUCAGAUAGUGCAAUGACCGGUGUUGGAAUGUUUCAAAGAGUUCGGGAUUUUGAAACUGAUAAUACCACAGUACCAAAUCCUGUAGUAUCUAGUGGACCUCUUGAAGAUGAAAUUGAAUCUGGACCGUCUAAGUCGAAUCGAAUACCAACGAAUAAUGCACCAGAAGAGCCUGUCAAAAUUUCACUACGUAGCAAAGCAGAACAAGAAAUCGUUGAUGAUGCUCUACGUAAGAUGGCUAUGAUGGAAAUAUGCCAACAGAAAGAAUUUCAUAAGGAUGAUGCCAGCACUGGUUAUUCGAUCGAUCGUCUAAAAGGACUACGAGUUCUACGACUUUCUCAGUGCAAUAAACUUUCGGAUAUUUCUCUGAUGUACGCCUUCAAAUUGAAGGAGUUGAAAGAGAUCAGUUUGGCCAAAUGUCAACAAAUUUCUGUUCUGGGUAUAAAGCCAUUUGUACAAAACUGUCCAUCGCUUGAAGUAGUCGACCUUAGUGAAUGCCAUAACGUUAACGAUAAAGCAAUUGAAAUGAUAGCAACUCACCUGAAGCGUUUGCAGAUUUUAUCACUUGAGCGAUGCUUCCAACUAUCUGAUUUCAGCUUAGACUACAUCGCAAUCCAUUGCAAAGCAUUACGGACGCUGGACGUUCGAGGCUGCCGGAAUAUGUGUGCUGAACCAAAUCUACGACUAGUCAACGUGCCCACGCUACGGACAGUUCAUAUGAGCAAACCCGGGCCGUAUGUUGGUGAGCCAGGCUAUUUCGUCAAAAAGCCACUCCCACCACCGAUGCCAAAGCGUUUCUAAUAUUUACUGUUACUCGAUGCUGGUGGAUUGUUUAUUGUUGUUUUUAUAUUGAUUAUUUAUUUUUUAUUAUAUUAAUUUUCAAUUGUUAUCUUUUAUCUAUAUCUAUCUACCCAGA